AUGAUCAAGUGGAACUUGACUGCAGGAGCUGCUAGGCCUAAUCUACAAGGAACCUUCAAUGUGUCAAAUGUGACCCUAUCCCAAACGUUCAUCCUCCAAGGUUCAGUAGCUGACCUUAAAGGUGAACCACGUUAUGUUGUCAACAAUGUGUCAUACAGAACUCCGGAAACCACUUUGAAACUCGCCGAUUACUAUGUCAAUGGCACCGGUAUGUACCAACUUGAUGCUUUUCCGAUUCAUUCCGUCAAUGACGAUGCGGCAUACGGUCAUGACCGGAAUCCACAUCGGGUGGAUAGAAAUUGUGUUCAUGAACAGUCUGGAUGCCAUGGAUUCUUAGCAUUUGGAUGGUUUGGGAAUGGAGAUUGGUCAACGGAUUCACGUGACACAUACAACCUCUAUGAUCCUGUUGUGAGAUCAAUAGUCCAAGUGUACCCUGGAGGAUGGACUGCAGUUGCAUUCCUUGAGAACCCUGGGAUGUGGAACUUGAGGGGCAAGAACUCUGUGAGAGUUUAUGAUGCUGACCCUAACCCAGCUAAGGAGCUCCCCCUACCCGAAAACCUCCUUCGAUGUGGAAUAUUUUCUUCUCCUCCAGCUCCAGCCCCAGCUACAUGGAAUUGA